AUGGCUCCAACCGACGUACAUGGGCUGGUGCCAAUUCAUUUUUUUGCAUGGAAUUUACCUCAGUCGGAACAAAUACAAUUAAUUCAAACAUUAGCUUCAACUCAAAUCAAAGUAUUGCGUAUAUUCAUAGCUACCAUCGACUCAAAACAAGCUGGUUCAAAUGCAAUGGGAGCAGACGAUUUGGAACGAUAUCAAGUUGGAAAAUAUGACGAUAAUGUUUUGAACCAAAUUGAUCAAUUGAUUGUCAAUUUGGCUAAGUAUGGAAAUGGGAUGAAAUUAAUUAUUGCUUUGCAUGAUCGCUAUUCUCUGGGUUGUUAUGCGUAUAAGAGAGAUGCUUAUACCGAUAAAUAUCAAAUACCUGCCGCACAAUCUUGUUCACCGCCUAAUGAUGCGUCAAACUUCUACACAAAUUCGCAAGCUAGACAAGACAUGUAUAUACGUGCACGACAUAUUCUCACACACGUCAAUCCAUAUUAUAAUCGACAAUGGGGUUCACUUAGUCAAGCCAUAUUUUCUAUACAAAUAGAAAAUGAAAGUCAGGGACAUAUGAAUAAAUAUACUUCAGAUUGGCUAUGUGAUUUAAGUAUAAGAAUUAGACCAUUAGUAAGCAACGGUGUAUUGUUGUCGAGUGGAGGUGGUACAGAAUUUGGAAAUAGUCUACGUUUAGAAUACUUUCAAUGCAAAGCUCUUGAUUUAAUUGGACUUCACGAUUAUACGACAAAUUACAAUUUUGCAGUAUCUAAGGUGAAAGAAGCGGUUCAGUUAGCACAAACCUAUGGUAAACGCGUGUAUGUAGAAGAAUUUGGUGAUAGAGGCGAUAAACAAAUGGAAUCGGCAUUGAAUAGUGUAGCUUAUGCUGCACAUGGCAACGGUGUUCCAUGGGUCAUAUGGCAAGUGGUGCCAAACGCACGAUGGAAUGACUUUGAAUUUUUUACCCAACAAACUCUUGCCUGGGCAGCAUUUCGACAUCAAGCAAAUUCAGCAAGCGGUUCACCAUCACCGUGGUCAUGGCCAGAAAUAUGGGGUGCUUAA